GAUCUUUUUCCUCUACUCUGCCUCUAAACCCUAGCUAGAGUUGCCGCUCUCCGUGACCCGCACAGCCAUGGCGACCUACGACCUGACCCCACGCAUAGCGCCGAACCUCGACCGGCAUCUAGUCUUCCCCCUCCUGGAGUUUCUGCAGGAGCGGCAGCUCUACCCCGACGAGCAGAUCCUCAAGUCCAAGAUCGAGCUCCUCAACAAGACGAACAUGGUCGACUACGCCAUGGACAUCCACAAGAACCUCUACCACACCGAAGACGUCCCUCAAGACAUGGUAGAGAGGAGGGCUGAGGUGGUUGCUCGCCUCAAGGCAUUGGAAGAGUCCGCCGCACCCUUGGUUGGCUUUUUGCAGAACCCCAAUGCCGUCCAGGAGUUGAGGGCUGAUAAACACUACAAUCUCCAGAUGCUUAGUGAUCGUUACCAGAUUGGUCCAGAUCAGAUAGAGGCAUUGUAUCAGUAUGCCAAAUUCCAAUUUGAAUGUGGAAACUAUUCUGGUGCUGCUGACUAUCUGUAUCAGUACAGGCUCCUGUGUACAAACAAUGACAGGAGCUUGAGUGCACUCUGGGGGAAGCUGGCUGCUGAGAUAUUAAUGCAAAACUGGGAUAUUGCUCUUGAAGAACUUAAUCGCUUGAAAGAAAUAAUUGAUUCAAAGAGUUUCUCAUCACCUUUGAACCAAGUACAGAGUAGAAUAUGGCUGAUGCAUUGGAGUCUUUUCAUCUUUUUCAACCAUGACAAUGGAAGAACACAGAUUAUAGAUCUGUUUAAUCAGGACAAGUAUCUAAAUGCCAUCCAAACCAGUGCUCCCCAUCUUUUGAGAUAUCUUGCCACUGCAUUCAUUGUGAACAAAAGGAGAAGACCUCAAUUUAAAGAUUUUAUUAAGGUUAUUCAGCAAGAGCAGUACUCUUACAAUGAUCCCAUCACAGAGUUUUUGGCAUGUGUUUAUGUCAAUUAUGACUUUGAUGGUGCACAAAAGAAAAUGAGGGAGUGUGAGGAAGUUAUAUUGAAUGAUCCCUUCCUCGGCAAAAGAGUUGAAGAAGGUAACUUUUCUACUGUACCAUUGAGAGAGGAGUUCCUUGAAAAUGCCCGCCUAUUUAUCUUUGAGACCUACUGCAGAAUUCAUCAGCGAAUUGACAUGGGAGUGCUUGCUGAGAAGUUGAAUUUGAACUAUGAGGAGGCUGAAAGGUGGAUUGUGAAUCUUAUCCGAAGUUCAAAGCUUGAUGCCAAGAUUGAUUCCAAGUCAGGAACUGUUAUCAUGGAGCCUAAUCACCCCAACGUUUAUGAGCAGUUGAUAGACCAUACCAAGGUGCUCUCUGGGCGAACUUACAAGUUAGUGAGUCAGCUUCUUGAACACGCUCAGUCACAGCCUGCACGGUGAAGUUUGGUUGUGUAGCUGCUGAUGAUUUGUUCUUUUCUUUUUUUUUUUUCUUGCAAUUUUGAGGCAUUGAGAGUAGUUCGUAUUUUCCAUUUGUAUUGACAAAUUGCCAUUUGUUGAUCGUGAUUUGCAUAAACUAGAUUGUAAUGUCUCAAGGGAGUUAUGCUCGAUUAUAUACUUUGUUUAAUGUUUGAAUAGAAAUAGUUUUUGCAGCUUGGUGCAAAAAUUAAGCCCUUGGAUGAGUGUGACUCAAAAUGAGUCCACCUAUCCAACGUCUAUGAUGUUGUAAUUCGGUGUUGGAUGGACUGCAAAACUUCACUAACAUGAAUUGCAGUGAGUAGUGGUUCGCCGUGUUGAUCACAACAGAUGCUUGCCAUUUAUUUGUCUUCUGGAUGGCUAUACAAGAAAACAGUUUUUGAGAA